AUGGUAGAUUGCAAACCUGUGAAGACUACUAUGACUUUGGGAGUGAAAUUUUCUAUUGAUCAAUGCCCUAAGUCUGAGGAAGAUGCUGAAGAAAUGACACAUGUGCCUUAUGCUAGUGCUAUAGGUAGUUUGAUAUAUGCCAUGGUGUGCAAGAGACUUGAUAUUGCACAAGUAGUGGGAGUUUUAAGUCGUUUUAUGUCAAAUCCUGGCAAAGAGCAUUGGAGUGCUGUAAAGUUGGUUCUUAGAUAUCUGUGUGGGACCUCUGAUUUAGCAUUAUGUUAUGGGGGCAUGGCAACUAGGGAUGAGCUAGAGGUGAUAGGUUUUGUGGAUGCUGAUUGGGGAGGUGAUCUCGGUAGUAGGUGUUCUACAAGUGGGUAUGUAUUCACUUUAUUUGGUGAUGUUGUUUGCUGGAUGAUUAAAAGGCAAAAUAUUAUGGCUUUGUCAUCGACUAAGGCAUAA